CGAGCCAUGUCCGCCGACGAAGCCAAGGAAGCCUUUGCCCUGUUCGACAAGCGCGGCGCAGGCGCCAUCCCCCAGGACUCCCUCGGCGACGUCCUCCGCGCCCUCGGCCAGAACCCGACCCAGAAGGACGUCCACGACCUCGCUGCCCGCUGCCAGGGCGACAUCGACUACAACACCUUCCUCGACAUCCUCAACCGCCCCGGCGGAUUUGACCCGGCCGGCACCGAGGACGAGUUCAUCCGCGGCUUCCAGGUGUUUGACAAGGAGGGCAACGGCUACAUCGGCCAGGGCGAGCUCAAGUACGUCCUGACGAGCCUCGGCGAGAAGCUGUCGAACGACGAGGUCGACGACCUCCUCAAGGGCGUCCAGGUCACGGCCGAGGGCAACAUCAACUAUGUCUCGUUCGUCAAGCAGAUCCUGAACCAGUGAUUGGCUCGAUCUCUCUUCCACCUCGACACUCUUUCGUCUUUCCCUCGCUGCUGCGCGCCACUUCAUACCACGGACGUUCGACUACCCCCCUUUUCCUCCCUCCCUCCCUUCCUCUCAACCCUCGUCCCCUGCGCCCCGCGCCCUGUUGAUCCCGACGUACUCAUCACGCGCCCUCACGAUCCAUCCUUCGCAAUACGAUCGAGUCCUGCCUCG